UAAUACUUCGAAUACUGCAUAGUGUCCAAGAUGGCUUCGCUCACGGUUGGACAAGUUACUCGUAGUGUUCGACCUCUUUUGUCUUCUAAUCAUGUUGAAGCACGUAGAAGAGUUUUAGCACUUUAUAAAGCCUGGUGUAGACAAAUACCUAUUAUGCUUCAUGAAUAUGACAUACCAUAUACACAGAAGCAAUGUUUAGAAAAAGUACGCUCAGAAUUUCUACGGAAUAAGUAUGUGACAGAUGUAAGAGUAAUUGACUUACUUAUAAUCAAGGGUCAAAUGGAAUUGCAGGAGAUAGUAACUCUAUGGAAACCUACAGGAAAUCUUUUAAAUCACUUUAAAGACACAUAUAAUCCAAAACCAAAAGAUUUCUUGGGUAAAUUCUAUGCUGGUCACGAAUAAUACAGUAGAACAUUUGUGACGGUAGUAAAAUUUAAUUUAUGAUUGUAACUGUUAGAUUUAAAAUUCUAUAUAAAUUAUGUAAAUACAUACCAAAUUUAUUAGAUUCGAUAUCGAUGUAUCUCUUAAAAAAGUAAAAUAACGAAAUAAAUAAAGAA